AUGUCCAAAACCCUGCCCUCCAUUCAAGUCUAUCGUCCUGCUUCUGUGGAGCAAAGCCACUCCUACUCCCGCUCCUCUGCCCGCGGAGCAAGGCAUGAGGACCAUCAUCGCUCCUACGCGUCCUCGGCGCGUGUGCGCUCGGCCAGUCCAGGGGCCACGGCCGACUCCCAGUUCACCGGGCUUUCAACGUUGCCGCGGCUGCCGCAGGUGGAAUUCUCGCUGGGUCCCAUCCAGGAGCGCGUCAUUCCGCCUUACAACGACCUAGAGGACCCGCACCUGGUGCCGUACUGGGCACGGAAAGAGAUGCUGAUUCACGAGCGUGCCGAUCAGCGCCGCCGCCUACGUCGCCAGCAGGAGAUCGAGCAACAGCGCAAGGCAGCAGCGCGGCGCCGCUUCCUCCAGCGCCGUCACCAGGAGCGGGAAGAAAUGGCGUCCCGGAAGGGCGAGCAAAGUCGUCAGCGGGAAGAGGAGCAUCAGUCGACAACUAACAACGCGUUCAAGAACUCGCGGCGUGUGCCGACGAAGCCGUCGAGCGACCGCAAGAGCGGUGCCGCGGCAGGUGGGCGAUCCCGUCAGCAGGCGGCAGCGGCGGCAAGCCACCGCUACUAUGAGGCAAGCAGCGAGUUGCACGCGGUAGAUGUGGAAGAACGCGCGGCUGGCGGCUUGCCCGCAGACCAUGAAUACGUGACAAGCUCCUCGUCAGCGGCCACAAGUCGGAGUGCUUCCUCCCACAGCGACGCUGCCAGCAGCCACGGAAGCCGCCGUCACGACGAGGGGCGCUACGCUGAAGAGGACAGAGCUGCGGUACCUGCAGCGCCGGAGGCUGCUGACGAGGAGAGGACGUACCUUGACGAGGCAGGCUACCCCAUUGAAGCUGCGGAGAACGCGGAUGCGGUGAAGAAGGCCGCCCCGCGCUCCAUCAGCUCGAGGUCCUCCUCGGCGUCCUCUUCCUCGCCCUCUAGCAAUCGCCAGUGCUCCGACCACGAUCGCGCCGCCGAGGCGGCGAGGGAGCAGGCGAAGGCGGAAGCGCGCGCGGAGGCACACGCACGUGCAGGGGAGAAGUCAGAAGACUCCUACGGUGAUGAUGACUUCGAGAACGAGGUGUCGCCGUCGCGCCACCACUCGUCGGCGGCUGCGUCGUCUAAGUCGUCGUCCGCUGCUGCCUACUUGCUCCCCCACAAGGAGGACAGCGAUGCGGAGGCCCUGCCGGAACAGGAGGAGGUCCGCCCGCUCGAGGAGACGGAACAGGAAGCCAAGGAGGUGUACAGUGAUGACGAGUUUGAGAAGAGCUCCGCCUCCAGCGAUGCCGCUGUCGAUGCGGCGGGUGAGCCUGCGGAUCCGCUGCCGCAGCAACCGCAGUACACGGAGGAGGAAGAGAGCGGACCGCCAGCCGCCGACAAGGCCAACGAAGCCGCCAAGCCGGACGCUUACGAAGAGGACAGGUUCGAUGACGACGAGCUGUCUUCAAAGAAGACCUCGCCUGACGCCUCGGACGCGGAUGUGCCGCUGGCUGAAGAGCACGAGGACCAGUCGGAAGCCUAUCCAGAGGAUGCGCAGUGGGCCGGAGCGGCUUUGAUGGCCACCGAGGAUGCGAAGCCAGCGGAGGACGAGGACGAGGACAAGUACAGCGACGACGGCUUCUUCAAGGACGACACCGCGGACAGCGCCGCCGCGGUGGAACCGCAGCCAUACGAUUCGCUGGAUGCCGCCGCCCACGACGACGACGCCGUGGAGGCCAAGAGCGACGUAGCCGACGACGCCUACGAGGAGGACGACUUCGAGAAUGACCUGCCCUCCAAGAAGUCGUCGGCGGCCUCGGACGCGGAUGUGCCGCUGGCUGAAGAGCACGAGGACCAGUCGGAAGCCUAUCCAGAGGAUGCACAGUGGGCCGGAGCGGCUUUGAUGGCCACCGAGGAUGCGAAGCCAGCGGAGGACGAGGACGAGGACAAGUACAGCGACGACGGCUUCUUCAAGGACGACACCGCGGACAGCGCCGCCGCGGUGGAACCGCAGCCAUACGAUUCGCUGGAUGCCGCCGCCCACGACGACGACGCCGUGGAGGCCAAGAGCGACGUAGCCGACGACGCCUACGAGGAGGACGACUUCGAGAAUGACCUGCCCUCCAAGAAGUCGUCGGCGGCUUCGGACGCGCCGCGAUCGUCCGCCGCGGGAUCGAGGAAGAGCGACGCCCCCAAGGAAGAUGUCGCGGACGAAUUUGAAGAGGAGCUCUCCCCGAGGAAGGCGGCCGAUGCGGAGCACAAGCGGGAGGGGUCAGCGAUGUCGUCGUCGGCUAUUGCGCCGUUGCCGGUAGUGCAGUCUGCGCCGUCGUUACCCUCCUCGUCCAUUUCAGACUCGGAGGUUGCCCCUGCGUUGGCCUCCGCUGUGAAACCUGCCGCAGAAAUGUCGCACAGCAGCAGCGGAGCGGGCAUGGACGCUGAGGAGUUGGGCAGCGGCGCCAACGAUGCCUACGCAGAUGACUUCGAUGAGGAUAUGUAG